AUGUUCUUGAUCUCAACUUUCCUCUACGCAAGUAUUAUCGGCGCCUCAUCCGCUAAGGCCCAAGCCUCGAGCGGCGAGGUCCAGUUUGACUUAAUCUUCCCUAAGAAUGAGACCUACGCGCCGACGGCGUGGUUCCCAGUGGUCUAUGCAAUUCGGGGCUCUUGGAUUGCUAAAUCACUACAGCUAGAAUUUGACGGCUCCUUGAGACGUUCUAACCUCGGCUACGGCAAUCUCUCGGAAGCAGAUUGGUACGAUAUGACUGCGUUUGGAAUUCCUCUUUUACCUGGUUGGCAGGGUAUUCCCGCGCCUGAAGACCCGUUCUUCUUCAUUGCAACUGUCACGAAUAUGACAAACCGAACUGAUGACCACACUCCGUUCAUUCUCGAAUGGUCUACCUCUUUAGACAACUGCAGCGUAUAUCGAAGGCUUGCUGAGGAAGAUCCUGAAGGAGAUAGGUGGAGUUCGGGACCUCAGGUCCUCGAGUUCAGCAUUGGGCCGCGUGGCAAGGUCCCUGAUAUCGCUGAGGCCGUUGCGCGCUGUGGAUACCAGUCUUCUGCUGUAUAUGCCGACAAAUCUGGCGACAGCUGCUAUUGA